AUGGGUCUUCUCCGAACUGGUCUUAUUGGAGCCAUCGGCUACCAGAUGGGCAAGAACAGCAAUGGCAAUCAGCAACAGCAGCAGCAAGCCCCUCCUCCCCAGGGCUACUACUACCCUCCCCCUCAGGGCUACUACCAGCAGCCUCCCUAUGGCCAGGCUCCCUACGGUGGUCCGCAGGCUACCCCCAGCAGGGGCCUCCUCCCCAGGGCUAUUACCAGCAGCAACAGCAGCCCUAUGGUGGGUUACUACCAGCAGCAGCCCCAAAGCCAGGGCCCUCCCCCUCAAUAUACCCCGGGCAAUAACCAGCAAUACUACCGCUCCGACGAGAAGCGCUAA